ACUAAAAAUUUUCUAUCACUGAAUCUUCUCUUAAUUACAUUCGAUGCUACAAGUUUGUCCGAAACUAUUAUCAGUGAAUCUUCGAUCAGUUUUAAUUUGUUGCAAAAUGUUUUUCUUAUGAAUUAUAAAUUUUUUGUUGUUCUAUCUUGUAUUUCAUCAUGGCAAAGAAAUAUUCUUAUUUCAACAAUAACAGUUGGUCUUUUUAUUCGUUGAAAAGGCUGUACGUUUGGGUGCUACUGUCUUCAAUAAUAAAAUUAAACGUAAGUGAAGGACCGGCGGAUAGAUGCCCAAUCAUGGAAACUCACCACAAAAUGUUUAAACGAAAAAUGGCGAUUGGCCCAAAUGAUUUGGUCAAGAAUUUGAUGCCAAAAGGCGGGAAGAAUUUAGAAUAUUUCGUAGAAUUAGAAUUGAUGUUGGAAAACAUAGCCGAUAAUUCAAGUCUGUAUGACGCACCAGUUGAAGAAAGGGAUGAAAUCAUUGAUAAACUCCGAGAGGAACCACAAGUGAAGAGAAUCAUCCAGGAAUGCGAACAGCUUCAUCUUCAUCCUCCUUGCCAUGCAUCCCUCUACAGAACUCUGGACGGUACUUGCAACAAUCUCAUACAUCCUGUGUGGGGAAGCACUUUCUCUCAACAAGUUAGACUUUUGCCACCUGCUUAUGAAG